UGAACACAGAAACAAGAUUCACCUUCACACUAACACCAGACUUCCACUGACUAAGCAGAGCUACAGGAAGGAAUGCUAGGAAUACUGGAAAAUCUGGAAUACUGUCACUUACACCAGCAACUGACACCACAAAAGGAAUAACUGUUUUAGAAAAGAAAAUCCAGGCUUAAAGUGUCUGCCUGCUGUGGUUUCAGCUCCACUCAGAGGAAAAUGGCUUCUGGGUCAGAGGAGGACUUCUGCUGCCCUGCCUGCCAUGAUAUCUUUAAAGACCCUGUCCUCCUGUCAUGUAGCCACAGCUUCUGUAAAGCCUGUCUGCAGAGCUGGUGGAAUGGGAAACAACUCAACGAGUGUCCAGUCUGUCGGGCUGUGUCUCAGUGGAGAGAUCCGCCUCGUAACUUGGCGUUAAAGAACCUGUGUGAGGCCUUUUUACGAGAGAGAGGUCAGACAGCCUCAUCGGGGUCUGUGGACCUCUGCCGUCUGCACUCUGAGAAACUCAAACUCUUCUGUCUGGACCAUCAGCAGCCAGCGUGCGUUGUGUGUCGAGAUGCGAAAAUACACUCUGACCACAGGUUCAGACCCAUCAAGGAAGCUGCGCAGGAUCACAGAGACGAGCUCCAGAAAUCACUGAAACCCUUAAAGGACAAGCUGAAGGUUUUUAAUGACGUGAAAGUGAACUUUAAUCAAACAGCAGAACACAUGAAGGUCCAGGCCCGACACAUAGAGAGGCAGAUUAAGGAGCAGUUUAAGAAGCUUCACCAGUUUCUAGAAGAGGAAGAGGAGGUCAGGCUGGCUGCACUGAGGGAGGAAGAGGAGCAUAAGAGUCAGAUGAUGAAGGAGAAGAUGGGGGCUCUGAGCAGAGAGAUAGCAGCUCUUUCAGACACAGUCAGAGCCACAGAGGAGAAGCUGAGAGCUGACGACGUCUCAUUCCUGAACAACUACAAGGCUGCAGUGCAAAGAGUCCGGCAGCGCCCCCUGCUGGAGGAUCCAGAGCUGCUCUCUGGGGCUCUGAUAGACGAGGCCAAACACCUGGGCAACCUGACCUUCAACAUCUGGAGCAAGAUGAAGGACGUGGUCUCCUACAGUCCUGUGAUUCUGGACCCAAACACUGCCAAUGCAGAGCUCAUUCUGUCUGAAGAUCUGACCAGUGUCAGACACGGAAAGAGACAGCAGCUUCCCGAAAACCCAGAGAGGUUUGAGUACUGGGAUUCUGUCCUGGGUUUAGGAUUUAACUCAGGGACUCACAGCUGGGAGGUCGAGGUUGGAGACAACAAAGACUGGGAACUGGGGGUGUUAACAGAGUCUGUUUGUAGGCAGGGAUUUGUGGGGUCUACAGUAUGGAGUGUAGACUUCAGCAGUGUUGGAUACAGAGCGUUCUCCCCAACAAACAAAUACACCGAUGUCGCAGUCAGAGAGAAGCUCCAGAGGAUCAGAGUUCAUCUGGACUGGGAUGAAGGAAAGCUGACAUUUUCUGAUCCUGACACUAAUACACACAUACACACCUUCACACACACGUUCACUGAGAAAUUGUGCCCAUUCCUUUGCACCAGGAAUGCCCUCCCACUGAAAAUACUGCCUGUAAAGGUCUCUGUAACAGCAGAUGGUUAGAAAGCAGUUAGACUUCAAGAUGAAAAUGAUUGUUAGAUAUCAUGCAACUUUUAUUUCUAAUGUUUUUCAGCUUCUAAGAUCACAGUUAUGCAUCAAGUAUGUGAGGAUAUAUAUGGUUAAUAACAGGAAAUGAUGUGUUUCCAUACUGCAGUAUACAAAGUCUCUGCAUAUUCAUCGAACACAGACUAAAGUUUUGCUUUUAGAGUCAAAUGAGAGCCAUAAUGCUUUGUGCCUUGUUGUUUCCUUAGAAACUGGUCAGGGGACAUUUUUUACAUGUACAUGUGCAAUGAGGGCGUAGCAGCCACCCACACUGUAAAGUUGAAAUCCAUUUUUUUUAAGGUAGCUAAAUCUUCCAUCAUUAAUGGCCAAACACACCUGUUAGUAUAAUAGUAUAAAACAGUUCAACAGCACCACAAACUAACAGCUUCCAAAGAUACUUCUGAAACAUUUCAUUUUCUGUAUGAUUUAUUUGCUGCUUAUGAAAUGAUUUCUAGUUUGGGUAAAAUUGUUGUUAUUUAAUCUCCCUCCAUGUCUUCUUUAGUGCUUCAAUUGUAUGUACCGUAUGUAUUUGAUCAGUUAUUGGCAGUUGAUUUGCCUCCGGUGUUCCUGAUGUGAUUUUUACUGUUUUUAUUGUUAGUGGUUGUAGCCCGUGGCUCCAGUAUAAUAAUGUUGUUGUUGCACAUUGUAAGAGUAAUGCCAGAUGAAGUUCGGAUUGUUUUUUUUCAAUAAACUUUCCACAGUGAAACAUUU